AUGACAACCUCGACGCUUGGCUUCCACGCGCUCUACAUUCCGCGCUCGAGUGCCAAAUCCCAGCGCUACCUCGGCGCGGGCCUCCUCCUGACCAUGCUCGGCCGCACCUUUGGCAUGCGCCGCGUGCUUCUCGUCCUCUGUCGCUCUGCCUACAAGCUCUUGUCGGCCACCAAUCACAUGUACGACACCAAGCUCUGUCCGCUGCUCGACAGUGUUCAGACCAUCCAGACGCUGCAGACUGCAGUCGCCGCCAAAGACACGAGCAUUACCGACCUCACCAUGAAGGUUGCAGCGCUCCACGAAGCCGCGCGGGUCCAGCGCGUGACGGCGACCGAGAUCAGCGCCGACCUCAAGGUCGAGCUGCAUCAGACCGAAAUCCAACCGCACUGCAAGGUCGCCCAGCGCGACUUGAAAGCGAUUCGCACCGCGCACAGCAAGCUCCAGAAAGAACCCAGGGCGCUCGACCGAGCGGUGACCUCGACCGCCGCGACGUUCAAGAUUCGACUUGCCCACGCUGACAAAGAGACGGUGGCCGCCAAGGGUCUCGCUGCAGCGGCCAUUGCAACGCUGGUUGCCCGUCGACACGAGCAUGAAAUGGAGAUGGCAGCGGCCGAUUCGGCCGCCAAAUACGUCCAGAUCCAGCUAUUUCAGUCCAAGCGAGUCCUUGCAGCGUGCGCCCAAGAAGCCAUCACUGCCCAAAACGAGCUCCGUGACGUGAUUGCCGAGCGUGACGCACUGGCUGCCUCCAACGAACAGCUCGCCCUCCAACUACAAGCGGCGACGACGCGCGUGGCAGCACUUGACGCCGCGUCGACGGCCGCUUCCGAGCGUGACAUCUACAAGCAACCAGAACGCAGCACCAAGCUCUCGAGAACGUGA